AUGCUGAAAGUUAGAAACAAAGGUGUGAUAUUGUUUGUUGGAGCUCCACCAGAAGACGAGUCACUGAGAAAGAGAGGUAGAGGUGGAGCUUCACGUCGGCGUGGAAAACGUAUAAAAAGAAGUGAUGAAGAUGAUGAACUGGAGGCUCCAGUUGAGCACGACAAUGAAGAUGACUGCACGGUGUAUGGAGAUGAGGAUUGCAAUGAUGUUGAUGAUGCAAUUGGUGGUGGAUAUGACGAAGCUAAUGUCGAAGAACCGGCUCUCGAAGAAGUUGCCAACUUAAACAUGGAAGAUGAUUUCCCAGAGAUGGUUAGAACAGAGGAAGGUGGUUCCAAUUCCGACAGUGGGGAUGAUAUAUGGGACGAUGACAAGCUACCGGAUCCUUUGUCGUCGGACGAUGAAGACGAGAUCGAAGAAGAAGACAAAGAUGAGGCAGCUCCUAAAGAUUGGUUUGAUCCAGAGUCUUUGCUAGAGCUGGAGAAAACAUACAACUCUCCGAUGACUUCAAGGUAUGAUAUUAAACUCUAUCGGUCCAAUGCUUUAUUGGUUGGUGAAAAGUGUUGCUACGUUGAUGAGGAUGGUGUUUCGUGUCCUUGGAUAGUGUAUUGCUCAUAUGAGAAGAGAAAGCAUAAGAUGCAAAUUAGAGUUUAUGUGAAUGAGCAUGUGUGUGUGAGGUCAGGGUAUUCAAAGAUGUUGAAGAGGUCUUCUAUAGCUUUCUUGUUUGACGAAAGGCUUAGAUUAAAUCCAAAGCUUACAAAAUACGAGAUGGCUGCUGAGAUUAAGAAAGAGUAUAACUUAGAAGUAACUCCAGAUCAGUGUGCAAAGACGAAGACCAAGGUGAUGAGUGCAAGAAAGGCUAGUCAUGAAUCACACUUUGCAAGAAUAUGGGAUUAUCAAGCGGAGGUAUUGAAUCAGAACCCUGGCUCAGAAUUUGAGAUUGAGACAGUUCCAGGGCCAGUGGUUGGAAACAAACAGAGGUUUUUUCGAUUGUAUAUCUGUCUUAAAGCUCAAAAGGAUACAUGGAGAAAAACUUGUAGACCUAUCAUAGGAAUAGAUGGAGCUUUUAUAAAAUGGGAUAUAAAAGGGCAUGUUCUAGCUGCAGUUGGAAGGGAUGGGGACAAUAGGAUUGUUUCUUUGGCUUGGGCAGUUGUAGAAAUAGAAAAUGAUGAUAACUGGGACUGGUUUUUGAGACAUCUCUCUGCAAGUUUGGAUUUGGUUACAAUGACAUCUCUAGCUCUCAUUUUGUAUAAACAAUCGGGUUUAGUUAAAGCAAUAAGUAAUAUCCUUCCACAGGCUGAGCAUCGACAAUGUGCAAGACACAUAAUGGAUAAUUGGAAGCGAGACAGCCACAACCAAGAACUACAACACAUUUUUUGGAGGAUAGCACACAGCUACACCACAGGGAAGUUCAAUGACAAUAUGGCAGAACUCAAGCAGUACAAUCCUCAAGCGUACACCACUCUGUAA